UAUGGUAUGGAAUGUCGAUUUCUUUGAGAGAUCAGAUUCUCCACUACAUCCCAACGAAGUUAACAAUGGCCGACAAAUUUCGGCGGAUAGCGACGGAAUUUGGCAUAUUUGCGAAACGGAAAAUUUAAUUAUCAAAGCUGGACCAUUGGAACAUCGAAUUCCCUCGUUUGGUUACGUAAUAGAUGAGAAACCCCUACCAGGAAAAUUGAAUGUUGAAUAUUUAAAAGAAAAGGGAAUAAAGCCAGGACCAUUGUACGGGCACUUGAAACAGGGAAAGCCUAUAGUCUGUCCUGAUAAUACAGUGAUUAAUCCUUCUGACGUAAUUAGUCCUGAACAACCUGGGCGGAAGGUGUCAAUUAUGGGGGAUUCGUGUGGUAGUUAUAAAAUGAAACACCUAUGCUUUGGUUCGGAUUAUCUAGUUCACGAAUCAACUUUAGAGAAUAGUAUGAAGGAGAAUGCUAUUGAAAAAGGGCACUCGACUCCAAAAAUGGCAGCUGAUUUCGCUAAAGAAUGUCAAGUAAAAAAUCUUGUUCUCACUCAUUUUAGUCAACGUUACAAAACAAUAGAAGCCGCAGAAGAAGGAGAAGUAAGCGUUAAGGUUUUAUUGGAUGAAGCUCAAAAAGAACUAAAAGAUUGUUCUAUAAAUGCUCUAAUUGCACGAGACUUUCUAACCAUACCGGUUUUCAAAAAAUGA